AUGCUAGUUGAAGCCGUCAGAUCCCUUCACCUUGUCCUGGUUCGGCACCAUGCUCACCGAAUGCUUGCGUGUGAAACCAUGUUCGGACCGUCCAAAGAGCCACCAGAGACAAGUCCGCAAUCUCGGCACAGCUGCUGCAAUAUAAUAGCGACCGUCGCUGCCCCAGCGCCGUUCAUCCGUAGCUGGGUUGUUGCCGGCGCCUGGGCUCUUACACACGCGCGGCACGGGGUAUCGGCGAGGCGGUUCCAUCCUCGACAUGGUGCAACACCCCGUGUCGCAAAAUCCCACCACCCGUCUUCGUCGCCGGCUGAAGAUGCGAUGACUCGGCAUGUCUUGGCAAUUCGUCUUGCGUGCGGGUUCAUGCCUUCUUGUCGUGUGCAGCCUCGCUGGUCUUGGACCAAAUCGUAG